AUGGGAAAUAUAACUUUUCCAAAUAUAAAAGAAGAGAGGAGAAAAGUACAGCCCCUGAAAGAAAAACAUUCUACAUCAUAUCUGAAACCAACACUGUCUCUGUCUUCCUCUGUUACUGAGGUCAGGGAGUUCACUGUUCCAGAUGUUGACGAUAUAUUCCAUAUGUCACUAGAUCAGUCAGGCAGACUCUGGGACGGAGAUCUGAUCUUUACAGACAUUGACAAGAAAGUCAUUAAUAGGACAACACUGGAUAACAAUAUCACUGAAUUCAUUGAAACCAGACACUGGAUACCAUUCUGCAUACACUCCUCCCACACAAAUGGGAACAUACUGGUGGGGUUGGUGACAAGUGGAGAGGCUAAAGUCACCAGGUACAACAAGACAGGGAAAGAACUACAGAACAUACAGAGGGAUAACAAAGGACAGGGACUAUACAGUAGACCAAUCUACAUAACGGAAAACAUUAAUGGAAAUAUCUGUACAUCAGACUAUGAUAAAAAGGCAGUAGUGGUGGUGAAUAAAGUAAGAAAACACAGAUUCUCCUACACAGGUCAGGAGUCAAAGUUUCGUCCCCAUGGAAUCUGUACCGAUGUCCUCGGUCACAUACUGGUGUGUGAUCUGCAGAAUAUUCACCUCCUUGAUAAGGAUGGUCAAUUCUUAUCUCUACUAAUCACACCAAAACAAGUAUCUCAUCCCGUUAGUGUAUGUGGAUGA